AUGAAUCAGACAACAGUGAUCUAUCGGGAGCCUUUAGAAGAAACCUUACUCAAGAACAUGGUAACUUUGACUCUCUGUGUCUCCAUCAUCUACAUCAAUGGGAUGCUGGUGCACAUCUUCACCAGACACCAGAUUUUCUACACGAAUCCCCGGUACAUCCUGUACAUCCACCUGGUCAUCAACGACAUUAUCCUGUUGACGUUGUACAUCCUGCUCCAAGCCCUGACUUACAACUUGUCUGGAAUCAACGUCUCAUUAUGCAUCACUCUGAUCGUGGCGGCUGUUUUGUCCAAUCAGAACAACCCUCUGACCAUCGCUCUGAUGUCUGUAGAGUGUUACGUGGCCGUUUGCUUCCCUCUCCAUCACUCACGGAUCUGUUCUGUCAGGAGGACGUACGUCGUGAUUGCUCUGAUCUGGCUGGUCAACUCACUUUCAAUCCUUCCAGAUGUGUUUGUCACAUUGGGAACAGAAACCACAGAUUUCUUUCUUUCCAGGAUUGUUUGUGUGAGGCAACUGGUUUUUAAGAACAUUCAUCUUAUAAGGAAGAGGUCCAUAAAUAACAUUGUGUUUUUAGUGCUUGUUUGGCUCAUUGUUUUCUUUGCAUACUUCAAGAUCCUUUUUGCUGCAAAAGCAGCUACUGCAAAUGCUAAGAAAGCUCAAAACACCAUCCUGCUUCAUGGCUUCCAGCUGCUGCUCUGCAUGUUCAACUUCCUGUUUGACCUGAUAGUAGAAGGACUGGGAGUCUUUUUCCCCAGAAAGGUUUUCUUCAUUUACUUCAUGGUUGCAGUAUUCAUCCAGGUUUUGCCUCGAUUCAUCACUCCAAUAAUUUAUGGGAUACGUGACAAGAUGUUCAGGAAGUACCUGAAGAGGUAUCUGCUCUUCACAGAUAAUGCAAACAUUCAUCCACUACAGACUCAGAAAAGGUCAUUAUGA